AUGGCUUCAUUCGCAAGGCGCUACUUUUCUACGACUUCGCGCUGUCGAAAUGUAGCAUCCGCCUCAGAAGCCUGCUCCGAAAUAUUCGCCCGAUUCGGCGAUAAACCAGUUUCAGUUCGCAAACAAUUGCUGGAUGCGAACCAAUUGCACCUCCUAAACAUCACGCUCGGCCGUUCGCCUACCUCAACGCAAGCUCCACCGAACGGAACUCCAAUCCCACCCGGCUACCAUCUCGUCUACUUCACCCCAUCGAUCUUGGAAACAGAGCUUGGUCUCGACGGCACCGAUAGGACAGUGAAUCCCCUUAAUCCAUUCACCCGCCGAAUGUGGGCAGGCGGAGAGCUGCAAUGGACGCAAAACGAAUCGUCGCUCCUCCGCGUUGGACAGGAAGUUCAGGAGACUACCAAGAUGCUUUCAGCGGAGCCUAAGAAGCUCAAGUCCGGUGGUGAGAUGCUAGUUGUUGGCGUCGAGAAAACAUUUGAAAAUGGCAAAGGCGUCGUGCUCGUAGACAAGAGGAAUUGGGUAUUCCAAAAGGGAUUCACGGCUCCGAAAGCGCCACCGCCGCUUCCAGAGACGAAGCCGUUUCCUGGGGGCGAAAUCACGCGAGAUGUUGAGCAGACUAGCACAUCGUUGUUUCGCUUCUCUGCACUGACGUUUAAUGCGCACAAGAUACACUACUUGCCGGAAUGGUGUAGGAAUGUAGAAGGGCACCGCGACGCUGUGGUCCACGGUCCAUUAAACAUGAUCAACAUGCUCGAUCUUUGGCGUGACUCUGCAACGAAUGGGGAAGAUGGUGCAGUACCCGCAUCGAUGUCAUACCGAGCCAUGAGCCCACUGUACGUCGGCGAGCAAUACCGGAUACUACUGAAGAAGGAUGGAGAUGAGUGGAACACGGAGAUCUGGGAUACUUUCGGAAAACAGAGCAUGAAGGGGCACAUUGUUUCGUAA